CAUGCCUGGUUUAUGUGAUUCCAGGGGUCAGCCCCAGGGCUUUGUGCAUGCUAGGUAGGUAGGCAUUCUACUAACUGAGGUACACCUCUCUCCCACAAUCCUUUUUUCUUUCUCAUUGAAGACAUCUUGACACAUGUCUCUGGUGCCAGUCAGUUCACAGUGAAACCAGUGCAGAAGGUUCCUGGACAUACCUCUUGUGGACAGUAGUUGGGAGCUUAGCAUCCUGUAUAGCAUCAGUGACCCUCUCACACUGUAGCACUGUGAAAUUCCCCAUGCAUGAAAGCCUUGCUGUACAUACAGCCUUAAAGCAUCUUGGCUCUCAGGCUCCAGGCCCUGACUUUCCUCACUGGCCCAGCAGAGGCACUGUUAGACAAAAGUGAGCAGUCUCUCCUAGGCUCCCUCUGCAGUGUGCUGUGGGUAGACCCUGCCCACUGCUCCACCCUGCUGUGGGUAGACCCUGCCCACUAGUAUCCUGAUCUGUAUUUCCUGGUUUAGCCCUGUGUGGCCUAUAGCAAUGAAGAACUAGGUAGGCUUUAUUUACUCUUGUGAGUGUGCAUGUCCAUGCAUGUGAGUGUGCAGAUGCAUGCACGUGCACAUGUGCGGGUAAGAGGACAUUAGGUAUCCUCUAGCAGUCUCCCAUUCCCUUGAGGCCAGGUUUCUCCCUUAGUCUGGAUCUUGCCAUCUCGGCCUCCAUGUAGUAGGCACGGGUUGCGAGCCACACAGCAAGCCUUCUUGCCCACCGAGUCAUCUCCCCGGCUGGAUUUUAAUUCAUCUUAACUUUAUCAGUCCCAGGUGGCUGUAGACACUAGAUGGGACAGUGCACAGAUAGCGCUAGGAAAGCAGUGAGAGAGAAAACAGCGAAGAGAAAGAGGUUUCGUUCGUUCCCUGGCAGGGAGCCGCCCAUCUCAAAGAGUGGACACACGAACUGAAAGUGGGGUAAGGAGUGGACUGUGGCAGCAUACACCUUUGGUCUCUACACUUAGAGGCGGAAGCAAACAGUUUCUAUGAAUCCAAGCCUGCCAAGGCUAUAUGGUGAGACCUUGUCCUAAAACCAACCCCCACACCAAAAGAAAAAAACAAACAAAACAACCACAGGAAGCACAGAAAGAAGGAAACAGCCAAAACAGGCCCGAUUCUGUGUCACGACUCCAGGUGGCUUUGCAGCUGUUCCUAACAUUUCCGUUUGGCUCCACCAGUGCCAAACCAGCUGAUGGUGACAGCCUGUGCCUUACAGGUCUAGCUGCCAGUGUGCCAGCAGGUACCCAGAGCAGAGCCACCCACCGUGUUCCUACAACACUCUUCUCUUCAUGCAGUAGUUCAAGUCCUUGGGCCAUGGUAUCUACCAGACUUGCCUUGGCAAAGACUUGCACUGUGUUUGAGGGUGUUUUGAAAUGGGCUCCAACCACAUGUGCUGUCCUCAGGCCUGGCCAGCUUCUGCAAGCACCAUGCAGAUUGCUGUCUGUGGGCAUUGUAGAUCACGCUAAGCACCGGGAGCCUUCUGGGAAGAAGCUUCUGUCAGAGAAGAAACUGAAAAGGCAUUUCGUGGAUCACCGGAGAGUGCUGGUCCGUGGAGGAAGUGGGGGCUCUGGCAUGAGCUGCUUCCACAGUGAGCCCCGCAAGGAGUUUGGAGGCCCUGAUGGUGGGGAUGGAGGAAAUGGUGGACACAUCAUCCUGAGAGUUGACCAGCAAGUCAAGUCCUUGUCCUCAGUCUUAUCCCAGUAUCAGGGUUUCAAUGGAGAAGACGGUGGCAGUAAAAAUUGCUCUGGACGAGGUGGUGCCACCCUCUACAUCCAGGUCCCUGUGGGUACCUUGGUGAAAGAAGGAGACAAGAUCGUGGCUGACCUAUCUAACCUGGGAGAUGAGUACGUGGCUGCUCUCGGGGGUGCAGGAGGAAAAGGCAAUCGUUUCUUCCUGGCCAAUGACAACCGUGCCCCUGUAACUUGCACCCCUGGACAACCGGGUCAGGAGCGGGUCCUCUACUUGGAACUCAAGACAAUGGCUCACGCUGGGAUGGUUGGCUUCCCAAAUGCUGGGAAAUCCUCUCUACUUCGAGCCAUUUCAAAUGCAAGACCCGCUGUAGCUUCCUACCCGUUCACCACCUUGAACCCUCACGUGGGGAUCGUUCACUAUGAAGGCCACCAACAGGUAGCAGUGGCAGACAUCCCGGGCAUCAUCCGAGGUGCACACCAGAACAAGGGCCUGGGCCUCGGCUUCCUCAGGCAUAUCGAGCGUUGUCGCUUCUUCCUGUUUGUUGUGGAUCUUUCCUUGCCUGAGCCGUGGACUCAGGUUGAUGAUUUAAAAUAUGAACUAGAGAAGUUUGAAGAGGGCCUGUCAGAGAGGUCCCACGUGAUCAUUGCAAAUAAGAUCGAUCUCCCGCAGGCCAGAGCCCGUCUGCCUCAGCUCCAGGCCCGCCUGGGACCUGGGGUCAUAGCCCUGUCGGCGCUGACUGGGGAGAACCUGGAGCAGCUGCUUCUACACCUGAAGGAGCUGCAUGAUGCCCACAUAGAGGCCGAGCUGGAGCAGGGCCGCCAGCCUCUCAGGUGGUAGUGGGCACAGGGCUCUGUGCCCCAGGGUCAGCGUGGGACGGGGGUGGGCCAUCAGUCACAGAAAGCAAAAGCAACCUUUCUGUAAACUUCGGGCCGCUUUGAACUCCCGAGACUAAGUACUUGCAAAUAUA